UAUAAUUAUUUUGGAUGCAAAAAGGUGUUCGCCAAUUGCUUGCCACGUCAGUGUAGAAGCAGGAGGAGAAUAUGACAAAACGUUUUUUUAAAAGAAAAUCAAAAGAUGUUUGUUGUAAUUGCUUUAUUGCGCGUGGGUUUUUCCUCCACAGUUUGGCUCUAACACCUGAUCGUAUAGUUCGUGUUGAAUAUGCUUUUGCAACUAUAUAUUAUUCUGACUACAUUUCAUGAUACGCCUAACUAGAAAAUAUUCAAUUUUUUCUUUUCCAUGGACGAGAUUUUCAAAAACCAGAUAUUCGUACCAUGAAUUAAGAGAGUGAAUUCGGAUUUAGUCGCGGACGGAUAAUACGUUGGUAUUCUUCCAUUUCCCAUUCGCCCUCUCCUAUUUUCUCAUCUUGCAACCCUAUCUUUUAGGGGUCGUCAUUUUGGCUAUCAAUCGAAUAGCCGAAUCGAAAUUCGAAUGGUUACAACGAAUCUGAACUGAAUUGAAUAAAAGAAUAAUUGAAUUGAAAUUUAUAUAAAAACCGAAUGGUUAUAUGUUUUUUAUAAUCGAAAUAAUCAAACUCGAAUAUAAUCGAGUUGAAUAAAAACCGAAACAUUUUUAGAGAUCCAAUAAAACAUUUUUAGAGAUCGAACCAUUGCAAAUGUAGGAAUAUGUAGAUGUGUAUCGAAGAGUAGUUCGCAUUGGGUAUGUUUUGCAAUUAUUUCACGCUUAUAUAAAUCAUGCGAUUUCAAUUUUCAACCCAAUGAGAUGUGAGAGAAGGCCUGAAUCUAUGCAUUUCCUCUUUUGCCCCUCCAUUAAACGCACCGUUUCAGUAACAAAGAUCAAAUGAAUCCGACUCCUCUCAGCACAAUCAAUAAUACCAUGCAUGAACAAUUUACAACACUAGCGACUUUCAACACUAGCGUUUCAUUGCAUGAACUCGUAGAACUCAAUCGACAUGAAGAAACUCAAUCGACAUGUUACGUGUGUGUGUGUAUAUAUAUACGCACAACAUCAGUCCUCCCUCAUAUUCACAUGGCAAUGGCGGAGAAAAGCAAAGGCAAAGCAUCGGUUUCCGGGGUUGACGAAGAUCAUGACAGAACCGAACUUAGUUCGGUUUUGGAAAAGCUUAGUCUUGGGUCAGAGAAGACGGCGGUGAAGAAGAAGAAGAAGUUGUUGGUUCUAAGUCUUGGUGGCCUUCUUGUCCAUCGAGCCCAUGAAGCAUCCAUGCCGAAAUCAUUGAUGGGUCGUUCACCAGAUGCUACCUAUGGGUUUCAUUAUGUGUACAAGAGACCGUUCUGCGAGGAGUUCAUGAGAUUCUGUCUUGACAGAUUCGAAGUUGGGAUCUGGUCCUCUGCUAUCGAGAGAAAUGUUGAUGCCGUUCUCAACGCUGUUAUGAAGGGCUUGAAAGGGAAACUUCUCUUUGUCAUGGUUAGGUCAUGUUCAUUUCUUACUUUCGAUUCUCUGUAUAUGGUCUUGCUCGCUAGAGUUGGCUCUACUACUACUUCACACGCAUAUAUGCAGGAUCAAAAAGACUGCAUUAAUAGUGGGUUCAUGUCUUUGGAGAAGAAGACCAAGCCUCUUUUUUUCAAGGAUCUGUCCAGAGUGUUUCGGAAGGUCAACAGUAGGGCAGGGAAGCCUGUGUACUCUUGUGUGAACACUCUCAUGAUUGAUGAUACACCCUACAAAGCCUUUCUCAACCCUGGUAACUGUGGCAUAUUCCCUGUUGCCUUUGAUCCUGGCAAUGAUGAAGAUGACUUGCUUGAUCCCGAAGGAGAGUUGUGUUCGUAUUUGGAUGAACUGGCGGAUGCUUCAGAUGUUCAGGAUUAUGUCAGGAAUCAUCCUUUUGGUCAGCCAGAGAUCGGCCCGACUCACCCGCAUUGGCGUUUCUACACAAGAGUUGCUGCUGCCGUCAACAAAAUCUAGGGGGAUACAAUCUCGUCAUGUCCCUUUCUUUUGUGUUUUGAUGUUCUAAUUCUGUGUUUGCUCUUACCCGUUGUCGGCUGUGGUUAAGUUUGGUGAUUUGGAUAUCUGCUUUUGUUGUCAUGUUCUUUAUCUUGUUUCUUUAUUUCUGGUUGCGUGGUUUAUGUUGUGUCUC